AUGAUAUCCUCUUUGAUGAAAUGCCAGCACUUUUGGAAGAAGAUAAAAUCAGCGUCUAAGAUAAAAGCAGCAUUAUGUCAUGAAACUGAUAAAGCAGCUCUCCUUGAUUUCAAGAACAAGAUCACUGAAGAUCCAUCAAAUCUUUUACAAACGUGGAACCAAUCCACGGAUUGUUGUACCCAAUGGGAUGGUGUAGGUUGUGAUCAUUCUGGUGGUCGAGUCGUAAAUUUUAGUCGCCCGGGCGUGUAUCCUGACGACUACGAAUGGUAUGCAGAUUUGCAUGGAACAAUUUCUCCAUCUUUGGGUAAUCUCCAAUUUCUUACUGUUCUUGACCUUACUAGCCUCACAUUUUUAACGGGAUCAAUUCCUUCGGAACUUGGAAAAUUGUCACACCUUACUAUUCUUUCGCGGGCUGGCAACCGACUCAACGGGACUAUCCCCGUGUCGUUUAAAAAUCUUUGCAAACUCAAUCAACUAAGCCUAAGUAGCAAUAUUUUAUCUGGUUCAGUUUAUAACUUUAUUUUCCAGGAUAUGUCUUCUCUUACUUAUCUCGAUUUAUCUGAAAAUCAAUUAUCUGGUGAAAUUCCAUCUUCAGUUGUUAAAUUAGUUUCGUUGCAACAACUGGAUUUGCAUCAGAAUAAUUUCUCUGGUGCUAUACCAAGUGAAAUUGGUUCUCUGAAGGGCUUGAUUGAUCUAAAGUUGUCUGACAACCAGCUUUCCGGAAUCAUUCCUAUAUCCAUUGGAGAACUGUCCAAACUAGACUGGCUCGAUCUCUCUCGAAAUAGGCUGAGUGGAAACAUUCCAAGUUCUAUUAAAGCUACCUUCUUUUACAUUUUGUCGAUUGAGAAAUACCCGACAGUAUUGGCAAUCUUACAAAUCUUGUCAUUGAAAAACAACCGUUUUACAGGUAAGAUCACUUCUGAACUGGCUAAGCUAAAACACCUGGAAAUCCUCGAUCUGUCAUUCAACCCAUUGAAUCUAGUGAAUAUACCAACUUGGUUGUCAGAAAUGAAAAACCUUUUGCAAUUACAUUUAGCUGGAACUGGGCUAGUCGGGGAACUCCCGGAAUGGUUAACUACAAUGGGUCUGGAGUAUCUUGAUGUGUCGAGUAACGCCUUAUCUGGAGAGAUAGGAAACAUGCGAAGUUUGUAUUCCCUCAAUUUAUCUAGCAAUAGUUUUCAUUCAGCUAUCCCUGUUGAGUUCAAGACAUUUUAA